AUGAAAUUAGAGAAAAAUUUUCGAUCUCCUUUCAAUAAUCAAAGAGAUUUUCUCUUAAGUCAUUUACUCCCUUAUGAUCCUAAUAAUAAUAAAGCCAAAAAAUUGGAUAAUGGUCUCCGUGAAUAUCUACUACUAAUAAUCGCUGCAGAACAAGCUUUAGAAAUCGUAGCGAAGAAAGAUAUCAACAGAUAUCAGAAUGUACCCCUCAUUUCCUUAAAAAAGGAAACCCCAGCCAUUGUUCUAAUAGGGAGUACAGCUAGAGAUUUUAACAAUCUUCCGUCAGUUCAUGACUGGAAAAAGGAACUCAUCGCAUCAGGUCCUAUUGAUAUAUUUCUAGCUUGUGCAGCGACACAUAAACAGUAUCCCAAUGAAAUGGCAGGAGAAGAAAUUUAUAAAGACCAAAUUCAGAACAAAGAAUUCCAAUUUUAUCGAAAAAAAGCCUUUGAAUGGGGAUGCUGCCUACAAAAUGCCUCCAGAUUUUUCUGGUCUCAUGUAUACUGUGAUAGUAUCGAGAACAUUUCUUUAUCAAGCUUCGAAACUGCAGACAACUCUUGA